AUGCAGCACAGAUUAGAUAUCACACCAUCAACGCUACCGCGGACCGAGCUUCUUCAAUGGAUUAACACUUCUCUCCCCUGCUCCACCCCGAACAAAGGCACUGUGACACCAAUCAAAAAAGUUGAGCAGUGUGGUAGCGGCGUACCCUACGUUCUCUUACUGCCUACCAUGCUACCUAUUUUAUACACACCCUUAAUCACCAAAGCGAAGGUCCCUGCUCAUCAUGAGUUCGAGGCAGUUAUCAAUCUAAAGCUGAUACAGGAAGCAUUACAUCGGAACGGUAUUCCAAAGCCGGAUAUCCUCACUGAAGAUCUAUCCAAGAUCAUAAAUGGCAACUUUCAAGCAAAUUUGCAUCUCUUGCAAUGGUUUCACGGCUUGUACACGGCGUUGAAGGAAAACGGUAUCGAAGCCUGCCAGCGCAGGAUUUCGUCAAGUGAUGUUCGUCCCAUUGACACCUUAGCAAGAUCCAAGCCCAAUGGCCCGGUCUUUGAGAAUGGAAGAAGGACACAGUGGUUAAGGGAGGGUGAGCAGCACCACGUGGAGGUGAAUUCUUAUGUUCAACAUCACGAGGGGGCAGAGGCACACAAAAAUACAUCAAAUCUGUCACGGGAAAGCAGCUCCACUCCAUGCUCACAGGGAAACUUUAACUCACCACAAGCCCAGCCCAAGAUGAAAUCUAGAAAGCCAAACCGGCAUGAGCCGAGUGUCGCCUCCAGCGACAAGGGCCGUUCGAGACCAUUUUCAGCACCAACUACGAUAACUAAGCAUCCUACGACGCCAUCAAAGGCGACCCAAGCCACACAAAAACAGAAACCCACCACUCCGAAAGGCUCACUGAUUCGUUCAGCUGGGACACGGCGUAUCUCGACGCCAAUAAGUCGCAGUCAAUCCGUUGGCACAUCAAUAAACAAGAUUACUGGUCACGCAAGAUCUCCAAUGCUUCUUUCUUCCGGUCUGGUGUCUCGUCAUGCUCCGGCCAUUAAUUUCUCUACUGGCGCUGAUUCCAAUUCUACUGCUUUUGGCAGUGGAGACGGCACACGUUGUGAGCAGACGCAUGCACCCUGGUCCAGUGGUUUGAAUAUCAGCAAUAUGGCUAACGGCGGUACCCACUCGCGUGGUCGUAGCCGGCGGACACCCAAACUGUUGGUUACGAAGGUGGGGACGUUAUCGGAUGCCCCUCAAGAACAGUUAUCCAUCGAGGAGGAGUCACAAGAUGCCGUUUCACGCUCUGCUAAGAGCGUCACUACACGGCAAAAAGGUAGUGAGCCCAACAACGGUCUGUGCAAUCAGUCCGACUUCGUGCCCCCCACCGAUAACAGUGAGGUCUCUUUUCACGACAACAGUAAAUUAACCUCCGAGGCGUUGACUCAGCAGUUGCAGGAGGUGACAGUGGAUAAGCAUUUUUAUUAUGAUAAGCUUCGUAUGAUCGAAUGCUUAGUAUUAAAAGAGUUGAAUUCUAAAACCACGGGAGCAGCGGUGUUGGCUAAUUCUAUUAAAGAUAUUCUAUAUGCACAGAAGUAG